CUCCUCGAUCCCGAUCCCCUCCAUCUCGUGAUGCCCACGAUCUCCCCUCUCUUCUUCCCACCCGGCCAGGCAGGGAAGCCGUUUCAUGAUCCGCCGCCGGCCGUGCUCGCGCGGGGGGAGGGAGGCCGCCGCCGGCCAUGCUCGCGCGGGAGGAAAGAGGCCGCCUCCAUCUGGCCGCCUUGUCGCCCCCGCGUUGGAGGAGGUGGUCGGGCCCAACGAGGUCGACUUCGUCGCCGGCGAUGACACCUUCGCGUUCGGCUCCAGCGCGGGGGGUGCCGCGGUCGCGCUGCCGCAGGCCUCCGACGGGGCCGUCGAUUGGAGCCGCCCCGACGCCCCCUCGUUUGAGGAGGUGGUCGGGCCCAACGAGGCCAACUUCGUCGUCGGCGAUGACAACUUCGCGUUCGGCUCCGGCGCGUGGGGCGCCGCGGUCGCGUUGGCGCAAGCCUUUGACGGGGCCCCCUUCUCUCCUCUCACCCAUGGGAUCUAG